AUGUCAGCUCCCGCUACCGUCCCUACCGCUCCUGCACCAAUCGCUGCACCUAUCCCCAGCGAAGACCAAAUUGCCAGGAAGUUCGAUAAUUGCGUUGCCGACCUUCUCGUCAAUGCUGGUCUCGGUUUUGGUGUUGGUGUAGUUGCUUCUGUACUCCUUUUCCGACGACGAGGAUGGCCUGUAGCUCUCUCCACUGGUUUCGGUGCCGGUGUCGCUUACUCAAAUUGCAACUACUCCCUUAACCCCUACGUCCUUCCCGGAACCAAGAUUCUUCCAUCCAACAGGUCAUAA